AGGGAAGUUGUGUGGAGUUCUCCAUUUCAUCUGAAAGAAAAACCAUUGAGAAGCAUUAACAAAUAACAAUGAGAUUACAUCGUAGCUUUAUUAUUUACCGUUAUCUUUCUCGAUUUCGAAAGCAAUUUGAGCCAAACUCUGAUUUCUCGUUCCCGAAUUUCCGGCACCGACCUCCAUUUUUCCUUUGUUCUUACUCUGCCGAAGUGGAACCUCAACUGUCACCGAAGCUCUUAAAGAUAAUGGAACAAAGACUCUCGGCUAUUGAGCACAGGACUGCUUGUCUUAACAAUCUCCUAAAUCAGCCAGAAGCAUCACCAUCUGAUUAUGCAAGAGCUAACAAGGAGCUUCGGAAACUGAGUGGUUCUGUGGACCUUAUUAAUGAAUUGAGGGCCAAACAGAAGGAAAUUGGUGGCUUGAAGUCACUAAUGGCUGAAUGUUCUGAGGAUAAAGACAUGCUUAAUAUGGCUUCAGAGGAGAUGGGCCAGGCCAUAGAGGAGGAAAGAAAACUGCAAAAUUUGCUGCUGAAGUCAUUACUUCCGAAGGAUGAUGCUGAUGAAAGAGAUUGCAUUUUGGAGGUGCGAGCAGGCACUGGUGGGGAGGAGGCUUCCUUGUUUGCAAUGGAUAUCUUUAAAAUGUAUGAGAAGUAUGCUCACAAGAAAGGCUGGAAGUUUGAAGUAGUAGAUAUAGCUCAAUCUGAUCUUAAAGGAUACAAGGAGGCGAGUGCUGCAAUUGCGGGAGUUGGUGUUUUUGGGAAACUAAAAUUUGAAAGUGGAAUUCAUAGAGUACAGCGAGUUCCUGUGACAGAAAAGUCAGGACGUGUUCAUACUAGUGCUGUUUCUAUUGCAAUCCUCCCUCAGGCUGAUGAAGUUGAUGUUCAAUUGAAGAAGGAAGACUUAAAAAUCGAUACCUAUAGAUCUGGUGGUUCAGGCGGUCAGCAUGCAAAUACAACCAAUAGUGCUGUUAGAGUAACCCACAUUCCAACAGGGAUUAUGAUUGCUAUACAAGAUGAGCGCUCUCAACAUAUGAACAAGGCGAAAGCUCUCAAGGUACUGUGUGCAAAGCUAUAUGAAAUGGAAAGGCUCAGACUUCAGAGUAGUCGAUCAAAGCUUCGAUCAGAGCAGAUUGGUAGUGGGGAUAGAUCUGAACGCAUCCGAACAUACAAUUUCCCUCAAGGCCGUGUAACUGAUCAUAGAGUUGGUAUCACUUAUCACUCGAUAGAUGAUGUGAUGCAAGGGGAAAAUCUUGAUGUCUUCAUUGAUGCUCUUCUAUUGCAAGAAGAAAUGGAUGCAAUUGCAACUUUUAGUUCUUCUCAGUAAAGCCAGUGCGCUUAACUUUUGCCGAUUAUUAGUUUAAUGUCUUGUUGGUGUAAUUCACUAACUGAAAAUAUGAUAUUUCAUGUUUUGCGCAAGACUCUAGGCAGAGGAAGAAGUUGAGAUAGCAUACAACCGAUUGAUGCGUGUUUAUAUAUGUUAGUUACAUGACU